UUACAUUUUGUGUGUAUAUAACAUUAAGACUUCGAAUGAGACAGCACUUCUACUAAUAGUAUGAAAUAAGUACCUUAAACAAAGUUUACAAAAGUGUGUUGUAUUUUUUUUCAAGAUGGCUGCGUCCUUGCAAACUAAGAUAGUGUUCCCAGUUUUAUCCACACUAAAGCUUCCUUAUUUAGAGUUAGUUCGAUGGAAAAGUAGGGGACUUUUUGUCAGAAGGAAAAAACCUAUUAAGAAGUGGUUUGAUCCAAAGGACACAUCAUGGGCUGAACCUAUACUCAAGCAUAAAAAACUGAAAGAAUCCCAGCCUGAGCCUGAACCUUCCAUGCUACACAUGGUUUACAGAAUGAAAAGCCAUUUUACACGCCCAUACUGGGAAAAAGACAUCCUAAAAGAAUAUGGUCUCUUUGAGAAGGCCUACAAUCCAGUAGUUUUGAAAAAUACUCCAGAGAUCAAUGAAAAGCUGCGCAUCGUCAAACACUUGAUACGCAUUAAGCCAAUAACUUUUCCCUAUGGACUCCCUAAAGAUGAGAAGGAUUACAAGCACUGCUACUUAAAAGAAAAUGGAGAAUUCAUUGUUAGGCAUCGCAUUAAUGACGAGAGUGAUGAAGUGGCUCAGGCCUGGGCAGAGGUCAGGGUAGUGGAGGAACAAGAAGAGGAAGAGGAUAUUUGGAAGAUGGACAAAGAAACCAUUCAAAGAGAAGCCAGAAAGACAUUACUGACAUACAGGCUAAGCCAAGAAUACUUUAGAGAGAAAUAUGUUUACAAAUACAAUCAAGAUGGCAAGGAGCAUCGAUACAGUGGGAAAGACAGAAUAGCUAGUCACAGACAAGACUGGUACUAAAAGGAAAUGGCACAGUGGAUAAAAAAGAUUGCUAGAACAGAUAUGAGUUGUAUUAUGGAAUGUUCAUUUCACAGCACACUGUUAUUAUUACAUUUUUUACUAUA